AUGGAUCUUGACCAUGGGCGUUGCUGGGGCACUUCAAAGAAGGAUUCUUGGAAGACCACUCUGCUUUUAGCGUAUCAGAGUCUUGGUGUUGUAUAUGGAGACCUUAGCAUUUUCCCUCUCUAUGUAUACAAAGGCACAUUUGCAGAGGACAUUCAUCACUCUGAGACAAACGAAGAGAUUUUUGGGGUUCUUUCUUUUGUUUUCUGGACUCUAACUCUUGUUCCUUUAUUCAAAUAUGUCUUUAUUGUACUUCGAGCAGAUGAUAAUGGAGAGGGGGGCACUUUUGCUCUAUAUUCCUUGAUAUACAGGCAUGCUAAAUUUAGCCUUCUUCCAAAUCGACAAGUAGCGGAUGAAGCUCUUUCUACCUAUAAAUUUGAACACCCUCCCGAGCCCAAGAACAAUAGCUCAAAGGUGAAGUUGGUGUUUGAAAAGCAUAAAUCCUUGCUCACUGCUUUGCUAAUUUUAGUUCUUCUCGGCACUUGUAUGGUCAUUGGAGAUGGAUUGCUCACUCCAGCAAUAUCUGUUUUUUCAGCAGUUUCUGGCCUAGAGUUAUCAAUGUCUAAGGAUCAGCACCAAUAUGGAACAAAGAAUAUUCCUACCAAAGCAGAGAAAAAUGUUAUUAGAAUUCUUACUAAAGCCCAGGUUGAUGCUGAGCUAGAGCAGACGAAGAGCAUGACUGCACAAGAGGCUGCUGCACAAGCAGUCGCAGAGGCAGAACCGUUACAAUGCAAGACUUUAGGAUCUAUUUUGCAUCCAGACCAGAUUGCAGAUGAGCAGUUGCUGGUCUUUUUGACCAGAUCCUGGCCCGGCUCAUAUUCUAUAAUAUGUGCAGAUAGCCACCACCACUCAUUGCAUCUCUGGAUCUUGGCAGUGCAAUGCCUAUCUUUUGCAAAUAUCUAA